GUCCAGCAAAUUUUCUUUUUGUUUUUGUUUCAGAUUUCCAGCAUAAGCAAUAUUUUGCUCUUAUAUUCGGAAGUGAUGUCGGUUGCCUCACUGCCGUAAACUGUGACGGCCGGGAUUGCGGCAAAGGAUUUUUUUCCGUUUAGCGAUGCGCUGCAGUUUUCGGGCUGGGUUUCCAUCCGUCGGAAAACUGUUGUGGGGAAGAGUGUUGCCCAGUACUCGGGGAAAAGGAGUUGAAGCGGAGAAAUGCGCAGUGUUGUCAGGAAGAUGCUGUCAAAUCUCGAAUAGCGACGCUGAUCCAAGUGAAAAUAGUGCCGAGAUUUCAAAUUUUCAGCCUCCUGCAAACUCGCACCAUGACUGGGUUGGCCCCCCAGAUAAAUUUUCAAACCUAAGACCUAUAAAGUUUUAUUCACUCAAGAAUGAAUCCAAACUGGAACAGCAGCUGAGGAAGUUAAGGAUAGAGACACAAAAUUGGAAUCAAAAAUUUUGGUCCAACCAGAACAUAACUUUCAACCAGGAGAAAGAGAAGUUCAUACACUCCCGCUUAAAGGCAAAAGGAAUAGGAUUAAGAGAUGAGGAAGGGAGAAAAAACACACUGAGUGCAGAAGAGAUGGCUGACUUUUAUAAGGAGUUCCUUGAUAUAAAUUACAAAAAGCAUGUGAACUACAAUAAGUACCCCAUCAAUACUGAGAUCUGCUCCAUAAAUCUGACAGCCUUAAGCAUGUUGCUUAAGUAGAGCAUUUCCAUCGUAUUGUAAUAUUGCAUUCUUGAGUGAAGAAUAAAACCGACCAGGAAUUGUAAAGAAGCCCAUUUCUUCUUCUGUCCAUGUACCCCACCUAAAGUAAAUUGUGAUGAGGUGAACAAUAGCCAUAUGAAAAUAAACAGAGGUCAAUAAAAAUAGAUUUAAAGUUUGUGAUUCUGUUCAAAGUUCAUUUUAACCUCACCAUAAUUGUGAUGUUAUUAUUGUCGCCAGAUUAUAAGUAAAAAUAUUUGUAUGCUACAAGGCAGAAAGUAUUGCUCAAAAUUGAAUUAUUUCAAAGUUUACUGUCUAAGUGUAACUUUGCAACACAGUGAAU